AUGGCCAGCAACCAAGCUCACAACCCUUUGUUGGGCCAAGCAACAAACAGCGCAGUAGCACUCGACAGAGCCCUGGGGACGAUAAAGAGCGAGUGGCGGCGAUUCGAACUGGAGCGUGCAGAAUGGGACAUCGAGCGAGUUCGGCUCAAGGUGCAGCUCAGGGCGUCCGAAAAGCGCAUCGACUUGUUGACGUCCCAGUACCAGGCAUCGCAAAGACAGCUUAACAUUCUAGAGUCGAUUUUGUCUGAAAAUAAACGCAAGUCUGAUGAAAGGCCGUUGUCCAUGGCCCUAUCCGAGCUCAGCGCCAGUAAUAAUGGUGGUGCUAACGGUGGUGUCAGCGGCAGCGGCAGUGCCGGUACUGUGUCGGAUUUGGUUGAUGCUUCGGCUACUAACAGAGACCGCAGCAAAGAUCUGCUAAGAAGGUGCUUGGGCGAAAUCGAUAUUCUGCUGGGGAAGCCAUCAUCUGCAUUUCCAGCAGAUGUAUUAGCGUCGGCAGCUACAUUUGCAAAGUCUGCAGUGCAGGGUGGGUCGGCGGACAUAAACGUGCCGAGCAGUAUCAUUGAGAGUGAGAUCACCAACCCAGCGCCAUUGUGGCAGAUGCCCGCCCUGGUGUCCACCGCCUCUUCUGUUGCUGCAGUCGCCCUGGGCAGGAAUGUGAGACCUCAGCUGGCAGAGAGCACGGUGGCUGGCAAACGGAGGCGCACAUCGAAAGUCCUUCUGCAGGAUCAAUCAGAGACUGUCAUUGCAGCAGUAGCAGCAAAACCAGCAGAAGACAGCGGGAGAAUAGGCGCGAGCAGCUCUGCAUACAGCGAUAGUGGCGCGGACACCCAGCUUGUCGGAGCAGACAAUUCACCGGCGCCUUCGUCCCCGUUGAUUGCACAGCCAGAACAAUCGGAACAGCCGUUCAAACCGGAUAAUUUUAAUGUGGACAAGGCUGCAACCGAUGCUGCGACUGGCUCAAAUGAAACCAGAAGGGCCCACGAUGACACGAGCGAGAUGGUCGACUGCAUGGUUAACAUUAAAAUCAGCGACGAAGAGGAGCAUGUAGUCGACAAUGCCACGCACAAUGCCAUGGUGCAAAGACUCACUGUGGAUGAGAUUGACAUCGGUGACAGCACAGUCAAGCGAGUGGAUUCAAGCGAUUGGCAGAUGCACAAGACGUUUGUUGGGCACCUGGACACCGUGCGGUCGAUCAGCGUGCGGGCAGACCACAGCAGCAACGGUCCCGAUGGCGGCCCACUGCCGCAGCUGCUCAGUGGGUCAGACGACGGGCUGGUGAUACUCUGGGAUAUUGAGCGCUCGAGCCGGCGCAAAUCACGAAGGCGACAGGCGCACGACGUGCUGCCGGGCCAUAUAUACCGCGGACACCUGGCAGCUGUUACCAGCGUUGUGUUUGCCGGGUCGCACGGUUUUGCGUACUCGGGCUCGCUGGACAGCUCGAUAAAGGUGUGGCAGCUGCCUGACGAUCUGCACAAGUCCGAGGGCGGGGACCCCGAGGCCAGCUUUCCUGCAGGCCAAUGCUGUUUGGGACCUGGCGCUGUCGACGACCGCUGGGCUGCUGGCGUCGGUGUCGGCAGACGGCACAUGCAAGGUCUGGAGCAUCGACCCGAAGCACUCUGGCGCGCCGCUGCGCAAGUCGCUAGUGGCGCGGUGGCGGACAUCCGAGAUAAUCGUGCCGACAUCGACGUGCUUUGCCACGGCGGACGGCACCAGGUUGGCUGUGGGCUACACGAACGGCCAAAUUGA